AUGUUUAAUAAAUUUAAAUUAGAUUUUGGGAAAUUUAAAAUUGAUUUAAAAGUUAUAGGAGAUUUAUUUAUUCUAGCUGGUGCAGGUUUAUCAGUUUAUUAUUUAUUAAAUACUAUAAUAAAUGAAUAUUUAGAUAAUACAAUUAAAAAUAAAGAUUCAGAAAAGAAAGGUAAAGGUAUAUUGAAAAAGAUUCAAAAUUCAAAUCCUCAUUUGAAAAGUAUAUCUUUAAAUCAAUAUGAGAAAAGUCUUUUGAUUAAUCUAGUAAGUCCCGAGGAAAUUUCAGUAACUUUUGAUGAUAUUGGAGGAUUAGAAGAUAUUGUUGAUGAAUUGAGAGAAGCUGUCAUAUUACCAUUAACUGAUCCAGAAUUAUUUGAAAAACAUUCCAAUUUAAUAAAAUCACCAAAGGGUGUAUUAUUUUAUGGUCCACCGGGAUGUGGUAAAACUAUGUUAGCAAAAGCUAUUGCAAAAGAAAGUGGAGCAAUGUUUUUAUCAAUACGAAUGUCGACAAUUAUGGAUAAAUGGUAUGGUGAAUCAAAUAAAAUUACUGAUGCCAUUUUUUCAUUAGCUAAUAAAUUACAACCUUGUAUUAUAUUCAUAGAUGAAAUUGAUUCAUUUUUGAGAGAUAGAUCACUGAGUGAUCAUGAAGUUAGUAGUAUGAUAAAAGCUGAAUUUAUGACAUUAUGGGAUGGAUUGAAAUCAAAUGGACAAAUAAUGAUUUUAGGAGCAACAAAUCGUAAAAAUGAUAUUGAUGAUGCAUUUUUAAGAAGAAUGCCAAAAACUUUUCCAAUUGGUAAACCAAAUUCUGAUCAACGUAAAGCAAUACUAAAUAAAAUUUUAAAAGAUGCUCAAUUAGAUGAAGAAGAUUUUGACUUAGACUUUAUUGUUCAAUCAACAAGAAAUUUUAGUGGAUCAGAUUUAAGAGAGUUAUGUAGAGAAGCUGCCAUAUUACCAGUAAGAGAAUACAUUAAAGAAAAUUAUAAUUAUAAAAGUGGGAAAUUAAGUAGAGAUGAAAAUGAUGACUUACCAGUCAGAUCUUUAAAAACAAGUGAUUUUACUCAAAAUAUAAUAACUGGAGGAAUAGCUGGUGGUGGAAUCCAAACAUUAAGCCUUGAUUAA